AUGCUCGCGCUUUCUAUUUCGAACACCUGUUUGAAACGGCUUAGUUUGAAUCUCGCGCGUUUGUCUUCUUCUCUGUGUCUAACUCUUCAAAAUGCUUCUCUAGACAGCUUUAGGUGCCAGGGAUAUGGUGAAAUUGAUGGAGAAACAGCAUUGGAGAAAGAUUUAGAAAAUGGCGAUAAUGCAACUUCAUCUACCAACUCGAACAACGAAAUUAUUCUUAGUGAAGAAUUUAAAUCUUGGUUAGAUCUCAGGAAUGACAUUUUAGAUAUUCAAGAAGAAACGGAGCAAUUAAUCGAGUCGGAACAAAGUGAAAAGUAUAAGUUGACCACCAUUGAACGAAACUCAUUGUAUCAGCAUCUAAUUGCUGAUUUUGACCCUAAUGACGUCACUGUCAAUCUUGAUUGCUACAACCGAAGCUAUGGAAUGAUUUAUAAAUUCAUGGAUAUUGUUAAUAGAGGAUUUGAUUUCCUCACCAUCGCUCAAAUUCUUGAAGUGAUCCAAAAAGAAUUUUUCGAAGAAUGCAGACGAUUGACCUCCAUUCGUGAAUAUGUGGAAUCUCGCAUUCCGGCGCCCACACGAAAAGCUCCGUUGACUGUGGAGGAAGGAAUGGAACUCACUUCUUUGUUUUUGAAAACGAAAGAAUUUUCAAGGAACAUUCUUUCGAAAAUCGAGCAGACCAAGGAAAUGUCCGCACAGUGCAAAAUAUACAGAAAACAUAGUAAACUUCCAUUGGACGCAGAACGACUUACAAACAGAUUUGUGCGUCUGCGGUUUCCGUCGAUGGAGCUAAACUCAGAAGAAAGAAAGAAUCUGGACGAUAUAAGGAACUUUGCUAAUUUAUUCUUGCAAGUUGUCGAUCAAGUGGAUAUUAUGACGCGAACAAUUGCCACAAUGGUCUUGAAAGAUAAUUCGAUUUUUCCUACAAUUUUUGAUUUAAAGUAA